AAUGUUACUUGAGCCUAAAAAAUCCUCAUUUCACAUUUCAGCCUCUUGUAGGUGCUGCACUCUACCCUUCCCCAUCACCCACCCCCAGAGAUCAGAGACACCACUCGGCCCCUCCUUCUUCCUUGACUACCACCGGAUACUGCUCGGUGGAGAUAGCCCGUCUUCCUUGCGUUCAUCCCUCUUCGUCGCGUUCUUCCUCUCGCUGCUGUUCCUCGCGUUCAUCCCUCCCUCUUCGUGGUUCAGACGUUUUCGCCGCCUCGCCGCCUCGCAUUCUCGCCAUCAUUCGUACUCAGUUUUCCUGCCACAUCUCCGUCCUCCUUUCAGUUCCCAUAGUCAGUCCGUGGUCCUCUGUUCUCGCCGCCUUGACGUCCUCCUGCUUGCCGCCUUGUCGUACUGAGUUCCUGCCACAUCGCCGUCCUCCGUUCUGGUCGGUUCGCCAUCCUCCUUUCAGCGAAUCAGGCUUCAUUGUUCAGGACUGCAGAACCUUGUGUGUGAUUUUCCCAAUUUCAAUUCCAAUCAACUGUUGCGGUGGCCGGGAUCAGAUGACAUCAGCUACGGCUAUGGCUGCUACUGUCUCUCACAUUCACCCUCAGCUCUCUUGCUCCGCCUCCCUUCACUCUCACCGCACACUGCUUCGACGUUUCCACCUUCCAUCUCCUUCUGUUCGCUCCAAGUUAUCAGUUGUUAUGUGUCUGGAGAGGCAUGGCACAGAUAUUGCCGGUUCUGAUACCAAAACUACACUAAGUUAUGCAACUGAUGCAAAAGAAAACCAUGAUACUGAAAAGAUAAGCUCCGGAGAGACAGCAACAGAGGGCAUCAGUCAACAGAAAGGGACUGCGAAAAUUCACGAUUUUUGUUUAGGCAUUCCCUUUGGUGGAUUUGUUCUAACUGGAGGGAUUAUUGGAUUCCUGUUUUCACGGAGUACUGCAACACUCACCAGUGGUGUGAUCUUUGGCGGUGCUUUACUAUUUUUUAGCACCCUCAGCUUGAAGGUCUGGAGGAAAGGAAAAUCAAGUUUACCAUUUAUUCUAGCACAAGCAGCAUUGGCAGGGAUCCUUAUCUGGAAGAACUUUCAGAGCUACUCGUUGCCAAAGAAAAUAUUUCCAACUGGCUUCAGUGCUAUUUUAAGUUCUGCAAUGCUCUGUUUUUAUUUGUAUGUGCUUAUCUCUGGAGGAAACCCACCGCCUAAGAAAUUGAAGCCAUCUGCCACCGUUGCAUGAUGAGAUAACGAAGCUUGUGUUAGCCUAUGUGAUGUGGGACAUAUGGUUGUUUUGCUGCAAAUUGAAGUAAGGUUGUAAGCUAGUUUGGUUAAGUCACUUAUGAAAGUAGGUCAGCAAAGAGGUGCCAAUGUGAUUAUUGCUUUGGAUUCCAAGGCACUUAUUCUAUACCAAUAAAAUGAAAUUUGAUGAAAAAACCUAUUUGCAAUUUAUACUCAACAUAGGUGCUUACUAAAUUGCAUAUGCAUUUAGCAUGAAAUUUGGACCCAAGAUAGGAAAUGGAUUGUGACAGUGAGUGAAAAUUUAGUCAACAUGAUCAUGUAUUGAUUACA